CGCCUUUUCCUUCCACCCCAACAGCACCGCCCAUCUCCCCCUCCUCCCAGCAGGCAACCCCCUCCUUCGUCCUCUUCCUCCUUUCCCCUCUUCACUGCCACUAACAAAGAGCAAGCAAAUCACCUAGCCGUGGCCAUGGGCGCCUUCUUGCUCUUCCUCUGCCUCCUCGCGCCUUUCGUCCUCGCCUGCGCCGCCCGAGGCAGGAGGCGGUGGGCGGGUGCCGCCGACGGCUCGCGGUGCGGCAAGGCGCUGCCGCUGCCGCCGGGGUCGAUGGGGUGGCCGUACGUGGGCGAAACGUUCCAGCUCUACUCGUCCAAGAACCCCAACGUGUUCUUCGCCCGGAAGCAGAACCGGUACGGGCCCGUCUUCAAGACGCACAUCCUGGGGUGCCCCUGCGUGAUGGUGUCCAGCCCGGAGGCGGCGCGCUUCGUGCUUGUCACGCAGGCGCACCUCUUCAAGCCCACCUUCCCGGCCAGCAAGGAGCGCAUGCUGGGGCCCAAGGCCAUCUUCUUCCAGCAGGGCGACUACCACACCCACCUCCGCCGCAUCGUCUCCCGCGCCUUCUCCCCCGAGGCCAUCCGCGCCUCCGUACCCGCCAUCGAGGCCGUCGCGCUCCGCUCCCUCCGCUCCUGGGACGGACAGCUCGUCAACACCUUCCAGGAGAUGAAGACGUACGCACUGAAUGUGGCAUUGCUGUCCAUCUUCGGCGAGGAGGAGAUGCGCUACAUCGAGGAGCUGAAGCAGUGCUACCUGACGCUAGAGAAGGGCUACAACUCGAUGCCGGUGAACCUGCCGGGCACCCUGUUCCACAAGGCCAUGAAGGCCCGCAAGCGCCUUGGCGCCAUCGUGGCCCACAUCAUCUCGGCCCGGCGCGAGCGGCAGCGCGCCAGCGACCUCCUGGCCUCGUUCCUGGACGACCGCGAGGCCCUCACCGACGACCAGAUCGCCGACAACGUCAUCGGCGUCAUGUUUGCCGCCCGCGACACCACCGCCAGCGUCCUCACCUGGAUGGUCAAGUUCCUCGGCGACCACCCCUGCGUCCUCAGAGCCGUUAUCGAUGAGCAGGAGGAGAUCGCGAGGUCGAAGGCGUCCUCGGGCGAGCCCUUGACGUGGGCUGACACUCGCCGGAUGCGCAUGACGAGCCGUGUAAUCCAGGAGACCAUGCGGGUGGCGUCCAUCCUCUCCUUCACCUUCCGGGAGGCCGUGGAGGACGUGGAGUACCAAGGGUACCUGAUCCCCAAGGGCUGGAAAGUGCUUCCCCUGUUCCGGAACAUCCACCACAGCCCCGACCACUUCCCCUGCCCGGAAAAGUUCGACCCGUCCCGCUUCGAGGUGGCGCCCAAGCCCAACACGUUCAUGCCGUUCGGGAACGGAUCCCACUCGUGCCCGGGCAACGAGCUCGCCAAGCUGGAGAUGCUCGUCCUCUUCCACCACCUCGCCACCAAGUACAGGUGGUCCACCUCCGAGUCCGAGAGCGGCGUGCAGUUCGGCCCCUUCGCGCUGCCGCUCAACGGCUUGCCCAUGACCUUCACCCGCAAGGACGACUGACGGACUCGGCGACCUGCACGGAAGGAAAACCAAACGGGAAACAGUCGGAUGGUGGUAUGGUAUAUACUUCUACGAACGGUUCGCGAAAACCGCUGCCGUAAUUGGCCGACCGCGGCGGUCGCCAUCGGACGGGACGGGACGUGGGAUCAAGACAAUUUGCGAGCCCGUGUACUGAUUCUUCUUCAGCCGGAAGGGAGGAACGAGAACAGAGCAAAGACCGGAUUAGGCUUAGCCGCGUAGGUGUCAGUCGGUGUUAAGCAGCUAGUAGGGAUCACCCAACGCCACAAAGAAGUGGCGGUUAAUUGUAAAACUAAAUCAUUUUGAUCUUCUUUUUUUUCCCUUUCAUAUUUGAGCCAACACCUAGGAGAAGAGAACAGAAGAAAAAAAAAAUAGGAAAAGAGAGAGGCCCUGAUUGUGAUGUAAGCUCACUAGGUUGUCCGCAUAUACGUGAGACCUACAGUAUGGGUACAUGUUUCUGUGCA